UUUCUUGAGUGUCGAAUGAAAUUCCCUGCUGAACGACUAAGUGUUGGGGUAUAGUCAUAUUUUAGGGAAAUUUUUAAUUUCCCGUUUUAAGGGUAUAUAAACUAUGGAUUAUUUUAGGGAAGCUUAUUUUCAGACAGCGCGCAAGAAAAAUCAUGGCAGGAUUUUUGGCGGCUAUCUUCGUGUACGUCUUGUUCGUUUGUGCGGCUAGUUCUCAGCAAAUUCAUCUCAAUGAAAAACAUGACUGCGACCGUAAUGAUCAGACGAUUAAAAUAUUGAAUGAAAAGAUUGAGUACCUAAAACAGGAGAACGCGAGACAGGCAGAUUCCUUAAAACGAGAAACCGCCAGACAGAUUGAAUCAUUAAAACAGGAGAUCGCGAGACAAAUGGAGUCUUUAAGAAGAGAAAAUGCGAGACAAAUCGAGUCCUUAAAACCAGAGAAUGCGAGAAUUAAAGUUAAUCAAACAAACAUUCAAGGAGAAUUUUACGAGAUGUUUAAUAUCCUGAUGAAAAAUGUAACCAACAUCCACGAAGGUUUGAAGAGCAGUAUACUGCAAACCAUCAAGUCAGAGUUACACAAAUAUAAAGAUUGCAAGGACCUCUAUAAUAAUAUAAAUACAGUAUCUGGUGUGUAUGCGAUCUAUCCAUUUGGUAAUAACAGCAAGGUCAGCGUCUUCUGUGACAUGGUGACAGAAGGUGGAGGGUGGACAGUAAGAUAUUUUAUCCUUCUCUCUCUCUCUCUCCGUUUUACUCUCUCUUUAUCAGUUUCUCUGCCCCUUUCCCUGUGAUAGAAGGUGGAGGGUGGACAGUAAGAUCUCUCUCUUUCUCUCUCUCUCUCUCUCAACGAUCAAUAUUAGCUUUUAUUUCUUGUACUGUACGUGGAGAGUGAACAAUAAGAUUCCUCUCUCCUUCUUUCUCUCUCCACCUCCCUCCGUUCCCACUUUCUCUCUCCUAAUUUCUCUCUUCUCUUUUUUCUUUAUCUUUCUCUCAUUCCCCUCUCUCCGCCACUCUCUCCCCCUCUUUUUAUUUUCCUCUCCCCAUCUCCCCUUUUCUCUUUCCGUUUUAUGCCCAACGAUCAA